AUGGCUUCCUCCACCACCACCACUCUCUCCGAUCUCCCUGACGUCAUCUUAUCCAACAUUUUCGCUCUCGUCUCCGAUUCUAGAGCUCGCAACUCCCUCUCCCUCGUCUCCCACAAAUUCCUCGCUCUCGAAAGAUCAACUCGCUCUCUCCUCACUCUCCGUGGCAACGCUCGUGAUCUCCACGCCGUUCCUCGUUGUUUCCGAUCGAUUUCUCACCUCGAUCUCUCUUUCCUCUCUCCAUGGGGUCACUCUCUUCUCGCUACUCUCCCAAUCGAUCACCAAUCCCUACUCGCUCGUCGUCUCCAGCUCUGUUUCCCUUCCGUCGAGAGUCUCACCGUCUACUCUCGAUCUCCGACGUCUCUCGAUCUCCUUCUUCCUCAAUGGCCGAGGAUUCGUCACAUCAAGCUCGUUCGAUGGCACCAACGCGAGUCUCAGAUCUCUUUAGGCGGCGAUUUCGUACCUAUCUUCGAACACUGUGGUUACAUGGAGUCUCUUGAUCUCUCUGCUUUCUAUCACUGGACGGAAGAUUUACCUCCGGUUCUACUCCGGUAUGCUGACGUGGCGGCGAGGCUUAAUCGAUUGGAUCUACUCACGGCGUCUUUCACCGAAGGUUACAAAUCGAGUGAGAUCGUCGAUAUCACUAAACUUUGCCCUAAUUUGAAGGAUUUUCGUGUAGCUUGUACGUUUGAUCCCAGAUACUUUGAAUUCGUCGGAGACGAGACUCUCUCCGCCGUAGCUACCAAUUGCCCUAAGCUAACGGUUCUACAGAUGGUGGAUACGGCGUCGCUGGCGAACCCUAGGGCGAUUUCAGGUAUCGAUUCCGGCGACUCAGCGGUCACGACGGGGACGUUGAUCGAGGUUUUCUCAGGUUUGCCACAUUUAGAAGAGCUUGUGCUUGAUGUAGGGAAGAACGUGAAGCAUAGUGGUGUACCUUUAGAGGCAUUGAACAAGAAAUGUAAGAAAAUAAGAGCAUUGAAGCUAGGACAGUUUCAAGGUGUUUGCUCCGCUACAGAUUGGAGGCUCGACGGUGUGGCUUUAUGCGGAGGGUUACAGUCGUUGUCGAUAAAAAACUCCGGCGAUUUGACUGAUAUGGGUUUGGUGGCUAUAGGAAGAGGAUGUUGUAAGCUGAGUAAGUUUGAGAUUCAAGGUUGUGAGAAUGUAACAGUGAAGGGGUUAAGAACAAUGGUUACUUUACUGAAAAAGACUUUGAUUGAUGUGAGUAUAUCUUGCUGCAAGAAUCUAGAUGCAUCAGCUUCGAUAAAAGCGAUUGAGCCGAUUUGUGAUCGGAUCAAGAAACUGCAUAUAGAUUGUGUGUGGUCUAGUUCAGGGGAGGAAGAAGAAAGGGUUGAAACAAGCGAGACGAAUUACGAAGAUGAUGGUGAAGAGAGGAGCCACAAGAGGUGCAAGUAUUCAUCGGAGGAGGAAGAAUUACACUGCUCGUCGUUUCCAAGCAGUGAUGUGAAUGGUUUUUGUUCUGAAGACAGAUUAUGGGAGAAACUUGAGUAUCUGUCUUUAUGGAUCAGUGUUGGAGAAUUUCUGACACCAUUACCUAUGACUGGUUUAGAUGAUUGUCCGAAUUUGGAAGAGAUUAGGAUCAAGAUAGAAGGAGAUUGUCGAGGUAAACGCAGGCCAGACGAGCCAGAGCUCGGGUUAAGCUGUCUCGCUCUCUAUCCAAAGCUCUCGAAGAUGCAAUUAGAUUGCGGAGACACAAUCGGUUUCGCUUUGACCGCACCGCCAAUGCAGAUGGAUUUGAGCUUGUGGGAGAGAUUCUUCUUGACUGGAAUCGGAAACUUAAGCUUGAGCGAACUCGAUUAUUGGCCGCCACAAGACAGAGAUGUUAACCAGAGGAGUCUUUCGCUACCCGGUGCAGGUCUCUUACAAGAGUGCUUAACUCUAAGGAAGCUCUUCAUCCAUGGAACAGCUCAUGAACAUUUCAUGAAUUUUCUGUUGAGAAUCCCAAACUUAAGAGAUGUGCAGCUUAGAGAAGACUAUUACCCAGCGCCGGAGAACGAUAUGAGCACGGAGAUGAGAGUUGGUUCGUGUAGUCGAUUCGAGGACCAAUUGAACAGCCGAAACAUCAUUGACUGA